AUGAUCACUGUGAUGAUGGAACUUCAUUUGAGCAUGGAUAUCAACAAGUUAAAAUUCGCUGUCAGUUGUUCCAGUAAUAUGAAUCGAAGUAUGGAGGCACAUAGUUUUAUGCAAAAGCGAGGUUUCAAUAUUGAGUCGUAUGGGUCCGGAAAUCAAGUUAAACUUCCUGGCACAGCAAUAGACAAACCAAACUGUUAUGAGUUUGGAAAAACGACAUACGAAUUCAUUUAUAACGACCUCAAAGCGAAGGAUUCAGCAUAUUACACUCAGAAUGGACUUUUGAAUAUGCUGGACCGAAAUCGUCGCAUAAAGCCGGCUCGCACCAGAAGUUCAACACAAGACAAAGCCAUUCGCCAUGUAGUUGAUCAUCUUCAUACUCGGCCAACAACAAGCGGUAAUCCGGCUCAUGUCAUUAAUAUCGACAUUGAAGAUAACCCAGAGGAAGCAACCAUAGGAGCUUGGCUAGUUUGUGAAUUAUGCGGAAAGUUGGAUGAAUGUGACGAUCUGGACAAUGAAAUCGACGAAAUCUUGGCAGAUUUCGAGGCAAAAAAUCAGAAACGGAAUAUACUGCACACCAUUUGUUUCUAUUGA